GGGACCGGAAGCGUGCGUUCUCUCUUCCGCCUCGGUGUCGCAGCGCAGCGGCACGUGUGCGAGUGAAAUGCGCAUCGAGAAGUGUUAUUUCUGCUCGGCUCCGGUUUAUCCGGGACACGGAAUGAAGUUCGUGCGCAACGACUGUAAGGUUUUCGGGUUCUGCCGGUCCAAAUGCCACAAAAACUUCAAGAAGAAGCGAAACCCGAGAAAGACCAGAUGGACCAAAGCUUUCAGGAAAUCAGUGGGUAAAGAGCUGACGCUGGAUUACUCACUGGAGUUUGAGAAGCGCAGAAAUAUUCCUGUCAAAUACAACAGAGAGCUCUGGAGUAAGACCGUGGAGGCGAUGAAGAAGGUUGAAUCCAUCAAAAACAAACGGCAGGCGCGCUUUAUCCUGAACAGGCUGAAGAAAGGCAAAGAGCUGGAGAAGGCAGCAGAUAUCACUGAAGUCAAGAAGAACAUUCACCUCAUCAGAGCUCCACACGCAGGUCACGCCAAACAGCUGGAGGACAAGAUGGUCCAGAAACUGGCAGAAGACGUGGAAAUGGACGAGUGACGUGAAGAAAACGCUUCUCGUUUGGACUUUCAGAAGGUUGGAGUAUUUAAGAUCCCGUCACUCCCGAGUCAGCGGGAUUAUUUCCGUGUUUCUCCGGGAUAAAGCCACUUUAACGUUUCCUUCCCGUGGCUGAAUAUUGUUAUAACUGUCCAUACAGCUCAUCAUGUACAUGAACUUUAUGCAAAAUAUAAUUCCAAUGAAAAAACUUGAACUACGUUUGUGAUCAUUUUGAAAAUGUGAUAUUUAAUUUUCAUGUUUCUAAAAGCCUAGUUGCCACCGAUAUGCAGAUACUCUUCAAAAUGUGAAAAAUGUCCAUAAUUUUGUCUUAAAUUUAAUUAGUCCUAAAAUAUUACGUCAAAU